AUGUGUUUGCAGGCCAGUACAUUGGAUGAGGCAUUGGCCAUUGAUAGAGGCCUGACAGUUCAAAGGAUAUUCACAAUGUUCCUCUUAUACGCUGUCCUGGCUUCAAUGGUAAUUGGGCAGAAGAACGGCUUUUCCCCUGUGUUUGCUCUCCCAGCAAAGACCAAUAGCUACGUCCAUCCACGAGCGCUGAGAUGUAUGUGCGGAAAGGUGCCCAAUCAAGUAUCCGUAUUCCUUCAAGCUCCCGCGAAUCCCUUACACGUGCUUCCGGAGAUCCUCGCAUCAAUAGCCGGCAUUGAGUACGCAUAUAUGAAGGCAUCCAAGUUGAAGAAAUCGCUGAUCAUGGCCGUAUAUCUAUCGACCGUGUCUGUGGGAGCCAUAAUCGCAGUGGCGUUCUCGCUGUUGACGGUGGAUCCGAGAUUGACCUGGAUGUAUUAUAUCACUCUUGGGAUUGAAACACUCGCAGCCGGUGCAGUGCUACAUUAGUAUUGUAAACGCGUUUGCUCGCCGGUUCGAUACCAUUGAAAGUCUUUCUUAACCAUAUCCCCGGCUCUUGCAACUGCUAGGCUUGGUCUCUUGGAAAGGUCAUUGUGACGGAGUGAGGUAACAGUGCAGAAACGCCCCUGUUGCAUUUUGCUACUCCUUAGCAGAUCGGUUUUGCCUCACCGCUGACUAGUCGAUCCUCCGUUGAUUUCCGAGGUGUAGAAAGUUGCUAAGAAACUUUGAAUGAAACAUGUGUUGGCAUCUAGUUACAGCAAUUCGGAGGGAGUUUGGGUGAAACAACUAUCCGGCCGCGCUGUUCCCCCUGUGUCCGCACAAUCGUCCACUAUAUACCAUUCCAUGGCUCAUAAGGUCAUUCUGUUAUCAGUUGACCACAUCUUACCAGGAAGCCGCAGUACCUUGACCGUUGGCUAGGAGUAACCCGUCAUUGCCUCACCCAAACCGCGCGUACAGUGCAUUGCCGGCCAGGGGAAUGACCGCUCCAAACAACAACUGAAUGACAGUAUUGGCUGCCACUGCACUGGCAGCAUGGAUGGUGAAGGCAUCAACUAAAUACAUAUGAAGUGAAAAGAAA